UAUUGAUGUAUGUAUGGACAAGCAUUGGCAUGCGAAAUAGAACGAAUGCGAAUUUAUCCGCAAACUCUCCUAAUAGGUCAUGAAAAUCAUAUAUAUCUCCUACUGCCGGGCUGGACAUACAUUUUGUCUCGAAGUUCUGUAACAUGUUAUGAACGGCAUGGAUCCCAUCAAUGAGAAAGAAGAGACGUUGAACGGUCUAGGCGCACCUGUCAAUGUCAGUGAAGCUAAGGACGAGGAGAGUUUAGGAGGAGAAACUGCGAUCGAGGUGAAAGUCGACAAACAUGGCCUUCCACUUGUUCCUCAACCAUCAUCCCACCGAGAUGAUCCUUUGAACUGGUCUCCAAGCAUUAAACUAUUCAUUUGCAUCCAGAUCAGCUGGCUCGCAGCUUUGGGACCAAUGAGUUGCGCAGUCAUCAACCCCGCAUUCGUUCCCCUAGGCAAAGCAUUUCACAUCACGACCCUCGAAGCAUCCUAUACAUUAACGAUGUACAUCGUCUUUGCUGGUGUCGGACCACUUCUUUUCACACCCUUCUCCAAUAUAUAUGGUCGCAGACCUAUUUAUCUGAUCGGAAAUCUGAUCUCGGGAGUCAUGAACAUUGUCGCGGCUCAUUGUACGACGUGGGCAGGAAUCAUGAUCACGCGAGCAGUCACAGGCGUCGCUGCUGGAUUGGCUAUUGGGGGAGCUACGAUUUGCGACUUGUUUUUCAUGCAUCAGAGAGGUUUAUACAUGGGAGUAUACACUUUCGCAUUGACCAAUGGACCUCACCUCUCGCCUCUAGUCGGAGGGUAUAUUGCUCAGCGUCUGGGCUGGAAAUACUGUUUUUCGAUUCCCGGAUACGUCCAACUCGGGACCUUCGUAAUAACUCUCUUCUGUCUACCCGAAACCCUCUACUCCCGCCAAAGCCUCCCCACACCCCACCAACCACAAAAGACUUACCUCGACCUCCUCCUCUUCAAACGCAGCAUCCUCAAGGACAGAAAACUAAGCUCAGCAGAUUUCUUCCGUCCGUUCUACAUGCUAAAAUACAUCCCCAUCCUCAUACCAGGAAUCUACUAUAUGAUCUGUUUCGGCUACGGAACCAUAAUCUUUGGCGCAACCGGGGCCCAGCUAUUCGCUAAACUCUAUCACUUUAACACCGAGCAGACUGGUCUUCUGCUGUCUAUUCCUCUGAUUAUUGGAGGGUUGAUAGGAGAGUGCAAUGCUGGUUGGGUGACUGAUUUCAUGGUUUAUCGCUAUGCAAAGAAGCAUGGAGGGAUGCGGAAGCCGGAGGCGAGAUUGGAUGCUCUUUGGUUGGCACUCUUGACUCCUGUCGGAGUCAUCAUUCAGGGUGUCUGCUUGACGUAUUAUAAGACUGCGAGUUGGGUAGGAUCCGCGUUUGGGAUGGGCAUUGCCAGUUUUGGGCUGCAGGUUGCGACGACGGUCGUUUAUGCUUAUUGUACUGAUUGCUAUAAACCGCAGAGUGCGGAAGUUUCGACUAUUCUGAAUGUUUUUCGUCAAGUGUUCUCAUCUGCGAUUGCGUUCUAUGCCAUUCCGCUCGCCAACAGAAUUUCGGUCGAGUAUGCUUGGUUGGUGUUCUCGAUGAUCAGUGUCGUUGCCGUACUUCCAAUGUUUGCUUUGCGGAUAUAUGGCGCGAAGUGGAGAGCCUUGCCGUGGCAAUCACCACCAACCUUUCAUAAUGAUCUUUGAGGGUGGGGGAGUAUGACAAGAGAGUUUGCUACAAAAUCGACACAGUCAGUAAAGUCGCCAACUCUUGAACGGUGUUUGCCACACCGUGAAUCAACAUCAACUUUUGAGUACACAAUCACCACCUUAGUCUGAAUCAUGG